AAAGAGCAACUCGGUGUAGUUUUCCACCCUUAAGUGGUAUGUCAUUUUAAUGGUACUGUUUCCUUAAUCCCCAGGCUGGUUCUUCAGAGGACUUGUCCCUGACUGUGUCUCCACCCUGAGCUCAGACUGCUGCCCAGUGGGGACACCCCUGGAGGAAGACCUGUGGUGUGUCCUUGGAGAGAAACUCCAUGGGGACUGUACCUGAUCCUCUGAGAUCAACUAAAACCUCCCUAAUUGCAGCUUCUGGAAAAGAAGAGGCUGGAGGAGGGCUGCAGGCCCCUCAGCACCGACUAACUCAACUGGGCAAGAAUGCCAACGGCCUUGCAGGCAACCUACCAAACCUUAACCCCAGCACAAAAACUAAGGCCCUGACGCACACUUGUGAGCAUGAGACCCCACAGCUCGACAUGUCUUCUCCCUGUGUGCUCAAGGAGGUGGAGAAAGCAUCUCUCACACACAACUCUCCCAGUGAGUCCCAGUUACCAGGAAGCAGUGAGCCCACAGGAGCAGCACCAAGUCCUAUAGCAGGAAAGAACCUUACACACACCCCAUUUACAAUGCCAGCUGGUCAGUACACCCAGGCCAUCCCAGGCGAUCAGCCUAACAACAGCACCUCAUCAGUACCUGAAGAUCCCUUGGGGAGAUCACGGAGAAACUCAUAUGGAGAGAAGUCAAGGGGUCCUGCAGGGAGCACCUGUGGCAGCAGCAAAGAUCAAACGUCCUAUAACUUUACUUCUCAAGAAGAAGUCCAGGAAAUGACACAGACUCCAAAUACAGCAGCUGGGGUGUUUGGUCAUUCAUUGUCUCCUGUAGGUGACUCUGAAGAGGAAAGGCAGCAAGCGAUAUGUAGCUCCACAACAAGGUCCUGUGAGCCUCCAGAAAGACAAGAUGAAUGUUCAGAGAAUAAACAGACCUCUGCCUCUGCCUCAGGUGUAAUAUCUGAGAUGCCUCAGCAGCCCCACCUCCUUAGGGAAGGUUUGACAUGUCCUCCAGAUCCAGAGAAGGUGCCCUUGCCAGUCCAGCAUCAGGUGUCAAAGUUCAAAGAAGCUAGUACUAUGACCAACCAAUCUGCAGGUGAGAUCAAGGAAGCCCCUAGCAGGGCUCAGCAAGACGCCGAGGUGCAGGCAGUAGCCAGUGUGGAGAGCAGGUCAGUCUCCACCAGCCCCAGCAUCCUCACUGCAUUCUUAAAGGAGAUCCCUGGCUCUGAGCGUCUGGAACAGCAGGAGCAGCUGCGUGUCAUUUGCCAUGGCCGUGGCAGUGGGAGUCACGUGCUGGAGUUGUCUAACAGCACGCUAGCCCCCCAGGAGUCAGGGCAGUGCCCCAAUAUCAUGCCACAGGUGCACAUCCAGACAGCUGCAGCUGUUCCUGCAGCUUUCCAAGGGGCAGGUAAACCAGAGAGCCAACCAGAGGAAGUCUUUAAAACCUCAUCAGUCAACAUGGCCUCCAGUCAUGUCCAGGAUACAUGUAAAGAAGCAAGACCAUCAGCAGCUGUCACUCCAGCCAGGGAAGAGCCACCAUCGACACAGCUUUCAUGGGCUAAUUCCAGCUCCCAGAAAGCUAGCCCCAUUGACCAGAUUUCUAUCAGUGCAAGCAAUCAAGCUGAAACAAGUCAUGAACCCAAGCCCUUUGGAGCAAAAACCACAAAUGACCACAAAACAGAGGCAGAUGACAAAUUAUCCAUCACCUAUAGCUCUGCUUAUAAAGAUGGCCAGUCUGUGAACUUGGACUCCACUAAUAAAGGAGGUGCAAAGGAAAGAAAGCCUGCAUCUCCCCAGAUAGGAAGAGAGCAAGAAUCUACUGACACCCUGGAUGCCAAACCCCUACUGCUUACUCCUAAAUCUCAAGAAAAUGGAGGCACAGGAUCAGCUGCUAGUCCCACACCCUCCCCAGUAAGGAAGAACCAGGAGAGUGUCUUAGAAGAAAAUCGACAGAGCAAGACAGCCACAAGCCUGAGCCUCCCAUCCGAUGCCAUGGGGGACUCCAGCCCAGGGUCUGGCAAGAGGACCCCUUCUCGGUCAGUCAAAGCCAGUCCACGCCGGGCCAGCAGGGUCAGCGAGUUCCUCAAGGAGCUAAAUGUGACAGCAGCUGCUGCUCAGGUGGGGCUCACCCCAAGUGAGAAGAAGAAACAGCUGGGUGCAGACUCCAAACUCCAGCUGAAGCAGUCCAAGCGUGUCAAGGAUGUCGUAUGGGAUGAGCAGGGCAUGACCUGGGAAGUGUAUGGUGCUUCCUUGGACCCAGAAUCCCUGGGAAUCGCCAUCCAGAACCAUUUACAAAGGCAAAUUAGGGAACAUGAGAAAUUAACCAAAACCCGAAGGUCCAUUUCCUCAGACACUUCUUCAAAUAAGAAGCUCAAAGGCAGGCAGCCCAGUGUUUUCCAGUCCGUGCUACAGAACUUCCGACGCCCCAACUGCUGUGUCCGGCCAGCUCCUUCUUCCGUGUUAGAUUAAAAGGGGAGGUGUAUGGGAGUCUCUGUAUGCAUUUAUGGUAUUCCUACGGAUUGGUCUAUGUGAUGCUCACUUAGUUUUUUUCCCUCUGGGAAACCAGGAAGAAAAAGCAAGUAUUAACUAUAGGAAAUUGCUGUUAAAAAUUGUUGGGUCCUUUGAAAUGCCAUUUUGGUCUGAAAGAGAGAACAAGAGAAGAGAAGCAAGCUUCACAGAAGGUUUGUAAUCUUCAUUAAACAGGAAUAAUAUUCACUGGGUUUUUUUUUUAAAUAUGUUGCUUAUAGAGAUAAUAUUGCCACUCUAUAUGUAUCAUUUUGUAUCACUGCCUCAGUUUACCACAUGAUUUCCAUUAAAGU